UGUGUCAGUUAGUGUUGUGAAGGAGGCGAGCUGUACUGGCUGCACUGACUUGCUUAUUGAGCUAAAGGUUACUGUAUCCGUUAUUACUGUACUUAUUACUGUUUAAUUUUCUUUAACAAUACUGUAUUUUCUAUUACUGUUGGCGCUUGUUGAAAAGCGCAUGCUCAGAUCUUCUCCAGACUGCUGUUUUUACUCGGGAGAAAGAUUGAAUUUUUAGGCAGAGGGAUUUAAAGAUGACUACAUCAUGGAGCGACCGACUUCAGGAUUAUGCAGACCUCCCAGCGAACAUGGACGGAUUGGCUAUGAAGAAGUACAGACGCGAGGCAUAUCAUAGAGUAUUUGUGAACAGAAGUUUGGCGAUGGAGAAGAUCAAAUGCUUUGGUUUUGACAUGGAUUACACUUUAGCAGUGUACAAGUCUCCAGAAUACGAAUCCCUGGGUUUCGACCUGAUCGUUGAGAGACUCGUCUCUAUUGGCUACCCACAGGAACUGCUCGGCUUCGUUUAUGACCCCUCCUUCCCUACUAGAGGACUAGUAUUUGACACCAUGUACGGUAAUCUCCUGAAAGUGGACGCCUACGGCAAUAUCCUGGUCUGUGUACAUGGCUUUAACUUCCUACGUGGGCCUGACAUCCGAGAGCUCUACCCCAACAAAUUCAUCCAGCGCGAUGACACCGAGCGCUUCUACAUACUCAACACUCUCUUCAAUCUUCCAGAAACCUACCUCUAUGCCUGCCUGGUGGACUUCUUCUCAAACUGUGACCGAUAUGCAAGCUGUGAGACAGGCUUCAAAAACGGAGACCUCUUCAUGUCCUUCAAGAGCAUGUUCCAGGACGUAAGGGACGCCGUCGACUGGGUCCACUUUAAGGGAACUCUGAAAGAAAAAACAGUGGAAAACCUGGAGAAGUAUGUAGUAAAAGAUCCUAAGCUGCCGUUGCUGCUGAGUCGCAUGAAUGAAGUUUCCAAAGUGUUCCUGGCCACCAACAGUGAUUACAAAUACACAGACAAAAUCAUGACCUACUUGUUCGACUUCCCCUAUGGGCCAAAGCAUGGAUCUCCUCAUCGCCCGUGGCAAUCCUACUUCGACCUGAUCUUGGUGGAUGCACGAAAACCGCUGUUCUUUGCAGAGGGAACUGUGCUUAGGCAGGUCGAUACGACUACCGGGCGACUGAAGAUUGGAACAUACACUGGCCCUCUGCAGCAUGGCAUUGUCUACUCUGGAGGUUCCUCUGACAUCGUGUGUGACCUGCUGGGUGCUAAAGGGAAGGAUAUCAUCUACAUUGGGGACCACAUUUUCGGCGAUAUCCUGAAGUCCAAAAAGCGUCAGGGGUGGAGGACCUUCCUGGUGAUUCCUGAGCUGGCACAGGAGCUGCAUGUCUGGACUGAUAAAAGCUCACUAUUUGAAGAGCUCCAGGGUCUGGACAUUUUCUUGGCAGAGCUGUACAAACAUCUGGACAGCAGCAGCAAUGAAAGGCCGGACAUUAGCGCCAUCCAGAGACGAGUGAAGAAAGUGACCCACGACAUGGACAUGUGCUAUGGAAUGAUGGGUAGUCUGUUCCGUAGUGGCUCUCGUCAGACGCUGUUUGCCUCGCAGGUGAUGCGCUACGCCGACCUGUACGCCGCCUCCUUCAUCAACCUGCUCUACUACCCAUUCAGCUACCUGUUCAGAGCCGCACACGUUCUGAUGCCUCACGAGUCUACGGUGGAGCACACGCACGUGUACACGGACAUCGAGUCGCCGCUGGCCACUCGCAACCGCCACUGCGUGGACUGCAAGGAUGGGGACUGCAAGCGCAGCCAGCUGACACGUUCCCUCAGCGAGAUCAAACCUCCACACCUGUUCCCUCAGACCCCGCAGGAGAUCACACACUGCCACGAUGAAGACGACGAUGAAGAGGAGGAGGAGGAAGAAGAAGAGGAGUAGAUGACGUGUCUUGCUUUGACCAGGCAUGACUGAUGACUGUUUCUGCUUCCCUGACGGAAAGUUUAGCUUUAGCAAAGGAAUCAAUCAAAGUGAGACAGAUUUAGAGGAGGGAUUGUGAGGAGAUGACGAGGGAAAAUGUACAUUUAUUACUAUUAAUAUUAUUAGAGUUUCUUUUGUUGUUUGUUUUUCCUGUUGUAUCUAUCCUGUUGUGUCUAGGAGGAUGUGUAGCUUGAACAAGCCUGAACAGUUUAUCAUCAGUAUCCGUCAGUAAUUACUGAACUAGACUUUGGCUCCUUGCUAUAUAUAUAAUAGAAAAAAUGUUUAGAAAAAAAGAAUUUAGGUUUGUUUUAAUUUUUUAGAUUUUUUUUUUAAGAUGAAGUAUUACUUGUGGAAAGGGUUCAGCAAGUAAAACGGCAAUGCUGUAAAAAAUAAAAAUACAGUAUAGUUUCAAACAAGCCACGGUUAAGAAACAGUUAAACAGGUUAAUGGUUAGACGGUUAAAUUCACACAAACGUAAAGCACAUACUGUAGUAUUACACUUACUAUAAGCUAGCUUUAGCUUUCUUUUGACCUUGAUUCAGUUCUAAUAACGAGUUUACAAGAAGGCCGUGGAGCUGCUGCACAAGUCCUUUCACUAUUAUAAAGGGCCGGCCUGCAUAUAAUAUACUCGAUCAGUUGGAGCUUGUUGCACAGAAGGGCUGGAGAAGCGGAAGUGCAAGUACCUCUGUAUCUGGGUGUGAGGCCUCCUCGUUAGCCUGUGGGCCACACCUACUGCUAAUGCUAAUGUUUCAAGUUUGUUUUGUUUGUUUUUCGCUGCAUUGAAAGUCACUGUUAUAAAUUUGCUCCUUUUUUUUAAGAAGAAGCAGCAGCAGAAUAUUUGGACCUCUAUCAACUAUGCAUACCCAGCAAAUCAGGGUCCGUCCAUGUGUCGUUAGCUUACCUCCCCUCUUAAGCCAGUGAGCGCAGCACAGGAGCCUGACUAGCUUGGCUAAAUGCUGCCACUUGCAGGACAGCAGGAGAAGUACAAGUUUAAGUACAAAUCGUACAAGUGUGUAAAAGUGUGUGUGUAAGAGUGUGUAUGAGUGUGUGUGUAUCCGUGUGAGUGAGUGGGUGUUGCAGUUUGUUUUAAAGAAGCCAGCCCAGGCCACGGUGCCCCUCAUUACAGGCCUAGUUGUGACGAGAAUGUGAAUGAAGUUUGGAGGGGCUGCAGCGCGCGGUGACGGCUAACGUGACAGCUAUGAAAGAAUGCUGCUAAAACACCAACACAAGAGCCACCCCGUUACCUGGCAACCGCUGGGCCGGACGAGCUGCACAUGGCCAGCGGGAUUUUAGUUUUUUUUUUUUUCUUUGGGUUUUUUUUUUCUGAAUGUCAACCGCCAAGGAUAGUGCUGUCAACAGAGGCACUCUCGCCUUUCUAACUUUUCUCUCUCUCUUUCACCUAUGCACUCUCUACAUAUAUUUGAGUCUCUUUCUUACAUUCACUCUUUUGUAUCUUCACCUUUCUUUCUCUCUCUUCAUCUCAUACUAUAGCUUUCUCGCACACUCGCUUUCCCCCUAAUAUACUUUCUAUUUCUUACAAUUACCCUUAUGUAUCUUUACCCUUUUUUCUCUCUCUUCUUGUCAUACUAUUGCUUUCUUGCUCUCUCGCUUUCCCUCUGAUUAUACUUUUGAUUUCUUACAUUCUCUUUUUUUGUACCUUUACCCUUCUUUCUUUCUCUUCUUCUCAUACUACUGCUUUCUCACUCUCUUGCUUUCCCUCUGUCAUACAUUGAAUUUCUUAUAUUCACUCUUUCUUUCUCUUCUUCUCAUACUAUUGCUUUCUCGCUCUCUCGUGUUGUAUCUUUACCCAUCUCUUUCUCUUCUUUCUCUUCUCAUGUGUCUUUCACACUUACACUUCUGAUUCUGCCUCUUUUCGUUUUCGUUUUUUGUUUUCUGUCCUUAACUCACCCUCUUUCUCUCUUGCGCAUGCUUAUAUUUUUUUUAUUAUGCAUUCUCUUAUUUUAUCUUUUUAUUUGUACCUUAAAUUCUUUAGUUUUUUUUUGUGUUCUCUUUUCUCUUUUUUGCUUUAUCUUACUUUCUCUCCUGCCUCUUUUGCUUACUCUUCUUCAUAUGUCUUUCAUUCUCUAUAUCUUUCCACCUCCUUCUUUUAUACUAGCUCAGGCAGUCCUGAACUCUUUCUCUCUCGCUCAAACUACUGCUUUCUUUUAUUGUAUGAUUCCAUACUCUCCCGAUUCUCUCUCUCUUACACUCUCUCUUACACUCUCUCUCUCUCUCAAAAACAUACUAUUUAUCUACCUUAUAAAUGACCUAGUAUUACCAUGCAGAAUCUAACAUGCUCUAUUUUUGUACCAUAUAGUACCAAACUCGAAACACUGUCGUUCCGUGCCAUUACCAGCAUUCUGUCCAUAACUGUAGCUAUGAAAUAUCAUGCAUAAGUGACCUUGAUAUGCAAAAAAAAAAAGAAAAAUAAUAAGAAAGGGAAGAAAAACUUUAACCUUUGUAAAUACUGUAUUUUAUAGCUGGUGUGAGAAUAAGAGCAUUUAAAAGAAGUUGUGAACAGAUAGAACUGUAGUCUGUUUGAAGUCUGUUUGAGAUUUAAAGAGAUCAAACAGCGGAGGAGGACCUGAGGUUACCGUAAACAACAUUAACGGUAUUUGCUGAUGGGGAGGGCAAACAAAUAGGGCUGGAGUUGCCCUAGUAACCGUUGCCAUGGCAAGGAAUGUAGUUUAGACUUGUGUUUGUUGUGAUUGGAGAAUUUACUUUUGUGUGGACCAAUAGCAUUAAGAGCACGCUGACCAGUGUUUUUGUUCUUUUAUUGUUUUUUUUUUGUUUGUUUGUUUGUUUUUCCCAACUAAACAAAAGUUUUUUUUUACAUUUAAUGUAAAGCUGAAGCUGAAAAAGCAAUAGAUACUACAUUGGAUGCAUGUGACUCUUUUUUUAUUUUAUUUUAUUAUAAUGUUUUUUUUAAUGGAUAAAUACUGUACGAAGUUUUUGCAUUGUUUUUACGACAUGCAGUACUGUACAUGCAGACGAGCUCGCUAACAUCGGAUAAAAUGAAGCCACAGUGUAAUAUUUAGUUCAGCGUGUAUUUCCAAAUGUAGAAUGCUUUUUAGAUUUAUUUUAAUAUAUAACUUGUUAUUUUAGACUAAAUAAUAGUAAUAGUAAAACUGUUUUGUCCAUGUAAAGGUAAGAUAGACAAGACAUAACUAUUUAUUAUCUUGGUCUUACCUGAGGGUUGUCAAAACAUUUCAUUGGAAAGGGGAAUGUUUCAGAAAGACUAGCAAAUGUAUUUCAUAUUGUUAAUAUUAUUUUUAUUAUGUGAGAUAUAAAUGCUGAAAUAUAAAAGUAUAACCAUUGUUUUGAUUUUUUUGGUUUUGUUUUAAUAGAACAUAAUAGAAACUGGAAAAGUGAAUACAAGGCAGCUCUUUUAAACCAAAAACUCUCAUCUUAACGCCUGGAUUUCCCAUCACAUUCAAAUAAUAGACCAAUCAUAUGCAACCACUGACUUAGUGUAGUGCUGGGCGAUAUAUAUUGUAUAUGUAUCGGUAUACCGUGAUCCUGACAUUGUAAUACUGACAUAGUGAUAUUGAGAAUUGCUUUUCAGUAAGUGAUAUUUUAGGAUUUGUGUGACAGAUAAUGAGCAUUAUACCCAUGAUAAUGCUCAGUUUUAGUUUAUGUCCUUAACUUGGUGCUUUUGAUUACUUUGUGAAUAGGCCUGUCCUGUUAACUGUUUUUAUUGGACUAUAUUUUGUCCCAGAAAUAAUUGCGAUAAACAAUAUUAUUGUCAUUUUAAUAUUAUAUUAUAUUAUAUAGUGGUGCGAGUUAUAAAAUUUAAGGCGCAAAACAUACUUGAUGCAUGGAUACGCCGCAGAUUCUGCUUUACAAACCUAACGUACGUUCAAACAUUCUGUAGUCCAAACUAUUCGUACUCAAGGGGGUUAUUGAGGACAAAUCAUAAUGACAUAAUGAACAGUUAACUGAGAAAAUAACACCAGCAAUACAAGACAAAUCAAUUUGGCUUCCACUUUAGCAGAAUGCAGCUUGUGCUUCAUUUACACUUCAGAAAUCAGUAUUUGGUGGAAUAACCCUGGUUUUAAAUCACAGUUUUCAUGCAUCUUGGCAUGUUCUCGUCCACCAGUCUUACACACUGCUUUUGGAUAACUUUAUGCCUGCACUCCUGGUGCAAAAAUUCAAGCAGUUCAGUUUGGUUUGAUGGCUUGUGAUCAUCCAUCUUCCUCUUGAUUAUAUUCCAGAGGUUUUCAAUUUGGUAAAAUCAAAGAAACUCAUAUUUUUUUAAGUUUUCUCUUUUUUUUUUUAGAGCUGUAUGCAUGGAUUAAUAGCUUAUAGUUGCGUUAAGUAUGUUUUGAUCCUGAUAAUCAGAGUUAACACUAAUUUAACACUAAUAUUGUUUAUAAUUAACACUGGAGAAUUUAUGUAUAGGUAUAGAAGUACAUAAGAGUGUGCAAAACCAACAAACAAGCCAGGCUAGCUUGAUUAUUAGCUUUUUUUUAGUGUAGAUAAACAGCACUCUUUAUUAAUGCUGCAUAUCAUAACUUGCAUAUCAACUUUUCUUCUUUUAGUGAUUUACUUUAAAUACAAAAUAUUAUGAUAGCUCAUGAAGAUAUUAAACAGUUACAUUAUCGCCCAGCCCUAUGUUAAAUAUAUCACAGUAUUUGUCUGUUUUUUCUUUUGAUCAUUUGUCAUUUUUAGUUUUAACAGAGGAAAUUUCACACAGCUAAACAGAUUUUGUACUGCAAAUUUUGUUCACUGUACAAGUGAGAUAUCUGUUCUCUUAUUUACUCUGUAAUUGAACAUGUGAAGAGCUUGUACAGUCCUUUUUGAAAAAAAUAUGUACAAGACUGUACUGCAUUGUACCCACGAGACUCGAUCGACUGACUUUCUGUUCAUACCAGUGUUUAAAAACUGUCAUUUUGUUUCUUUUUCAUAGUUUACAGUUAUGUGUGUAUAUUGUUAACUUUUCACCUAGUCAUAAUACCUACUGUAUUUCUGUCUGUAUUGAGUUGUGCUGUAUUUUCUUAGUUUUUUCUUUUUUUAUAUAUAUAUAUAUAUUUCAUGGUAUUUUGGUAUUCCAGUUUUUCUGGUCCUUUUCUCAGUCCUCUGGGAUUUCUAAAUCAUUUCUAGGCGGUAUUUUUGUUCUGUUACAGUUUAUAGCACAGCUGUAUUUGUAUUCUCGGGCUCGGGAAGAGCAGCGUUAUUGACUGUGCAUCGGGAUCCAGAAGUAAUGGACUAGAAAACAAAACGCAGUAUCUUGAAUGCUUUUUGCAUUUGCACAGCAGCAACUUUCUACAGGCAAGCAGAAGAACCUGAGUGCCAAACGCAUAUACAGUAAUGUACGGUAUUAAAAAGUACUAAAAACUUUUUUUUUUUUUUUAAGGUUCCGGCAUGCUGUGAUUUCUUUCUCUGUUCUUUUUUUUUUUUUUCACCAUCACUUGCAUGUGCUUGUACAUUUCUACUUGUGUUCCUUUACCAGUUUUCCAAACUUUUGGUAUUUUCCAAACCUUUGGCUAAGUUGCAUUAAAAUGUAUAAUAAAAAAGUAAUUUUACAUAAAA